CUUAAGUGGCAAAUUUCGAAUUGAAAAGAAAGGAGUUUUAGUGGAGAAGAGAGCUGAGCCCAUUAAAGCAGACUCUUCUCUUCCUUAUUCUCAUCAAUGCAAUAAAUGUUGUUUGGAGGGCGAGAAAAUUAGGGGAGAGUGGGAAAAAAAGGUUUGUCUCUGCCUUUUUCUGGGUUCAUAGAAUUACUGAGAAUGGAAGCCGAGAAAAUUAGGAGAAACAAACAAACCAAGAAGAAGAAUUUCAGAGGAUGAACUUUCUCUGUUCCUCCAUUCUCAGCAAGAACCCGGAAUUUUGGUUUUGAUUCUUGUUUUCUGUUUGGGUUCUCUGAAAAAUCCAACGCUUUCUUUAUUAUUUCAUCGAUCCGGCCAAUCGGAUGGCCAAGACGGGUGUUUUCAAUUCCGAUCCGACGGCGAUUGCGAAGGCCACCGAAUUGAAGAAGGAACUGCAGAAGCUUGUGAAGACGAUUGUAGAUGAUGACGAUUACAGCAUCGAGACCAUCGAUCGAGCCAGGGAGACACUAUCCGCCUUGAAGGAGCUCAAGACCAAGAAACGAUCGCUCUCCUUGAAGCUACAGGAAGCGGUGCUGUGUCCUGAGGAGUUCCGGUGCCCACUUUCUCAGGAACUCAUGAGAGAUCCUGUAAUUUUGGCGUCUGGUCAGACUUUUGAUAGAUCCUUCAUCCAGAAAUGGCUGAAAUCAGGCAACAGGACUUGCCCUAAAACGCAACAGGUCCUUUCGCACACCAUUCUUACUCCUAAUUACCUAGUCAGGGAAAUGAUAUCUCAAUGGUGCAAGGGUCAGGGAGUAGAAUUGCCUGACCUUGUUAAUUCUAGCAAUGAGGAGGGGGUAACGGAGGCAGAGCGUGAUUGUUUCCUUUCUUUGCUUGAAAAGAUGUCUGCUUCAAUUUCUGAACAGAAGGAGGCUGCAAAGGAGCUUCGGUUAUUGACAAAGAGGAUGCCUUCGUUUCGGGCUCUUUUUGGCGAGUCUGUUGAUGCCAUUCCCCAAUUACUCAAUCCACUUUCUGGAGGCAAAUCUCAGAGCGGGGCUCACCUUGAUCUUCAAGAAGAUGUGAUCACUACACUUCUGAAUCUGUCCAUCCAUGACAACAACAAGAAACUAGUUGCUGAGACUCCAAUGGUUAUUCCUCUUCUUAUGGAAGCAUUGAGAUCUGGGACCAUUGAAACAAGGAGCAAUGCUGCUGCAGCGCUCUUCACAUUAUCUGCUCUUGAUUCUAACAAGGAACUUAUUGGGAAAUCAGGCGCCUUGAAACCACUCAUUGACCUUCUAGAUGAGGGCCAUGCACUGGCAAUGAAGGAUGUUGCUUCUGCAAUAUUCAACCUGUGUAUUAUUCAUGAAAACAAGGCAAGGGCAGUGAGGGAUGGUGCAGUGAAGGUGAUAUUGAAUAAGAUUAUGGAUGAUGUGCAUGUAGAUGAGUUACUGGCUAUCCUUGCAAUGCUGUCAAGCCAUCAAAAGGCCAUUGAAGAGAUGGUCGACCUUGGAGCUGUCCCCUACUUGCUUCACAUUGUUAGGGAGAACAGUUGUGAGCGCAAUAAGGAGAACUCCAUUGCAAUCCUCAACACCAUAUUCUUGAGUGAUCGAACCACAUGGAAGGCAAUAAGGGAAGAGGAGAAUACCCAUGGGACAAUAUCUAAGCUCUCUCAAGAUGGAACUUCAAGAGCCAAGAGAAAGGCCAGUGGCAUCCUAGAUCGAUUGAGAAGGGCGGUUAAUCUUACUCAUACUGCAUGAUGAAAUUGCCUAAUGCACCAUUACCAAUCAUAUCAUCUGUACAUUAUGGGUAUGUUUAUGGUAUUCGGUUGUCAUGCAUAUCAUCGCCAGCCACCAUUUUGUAAAUUCGUCUCCUCCUUCAGGUUUUCAUCCCCCGGUUCCAUGAGUUAGUCACUGUUAAUAAUUACUGUUUCGGAAGCUUAUGUUCAUAGAUUUUCUCUUUUCUUUUGUUCAAUAACCUUUUCACAGAAUUUGAAUUUAGUUAGCAUCUAUAAUAUUGGCUCUUUUACUUGUUUUCUAGCAUCCUUUUCUCAUUCUUUUUCACAUUUUACUUGUGCAUUAGAUUUUGUCCUUUCUUUUGUCCAAUAGAUUAUCCAGAACACA